CAGGAAGUCGGAAUUGGAGAAGUGUUGUGUUGGCAUUUUGGAGAAAUUUCGAUCAAAGUACAAUAAAAACAGUCAAUUCCGUCGUCUCGCGUGUUUUCAUACAUCAACCAGGCGCUUUGUCAUGCAGACAGACCUCGACUAAUCGACAUAUUCUCUCGGUAAACGGAAGCAGUGAGUGCUGAGGAAGGAGGAUGGGGAAGAAGGAUGCCUCUGCGACCGGAUUACCAGUUGAUCAGUACCGAAAACAGAUUGGUAAGCAGGACUACAAAAAGGCAAAGUCAUCCUUAAAGGCCACACGGCUGAAAGCUGAAGCAAAGAAGAAUUCCUCUGGAUUCAGGGAUGCAUUCCUGGUCAUCGCUGCAAUCCUGUUCUUUGUCCUCUGUGUCUACGCCUUCUUCUACCUCAACCUGAGUACCGAGCUUAACCUGGAUCUGGAUGUAGAUUAAGGAGAUGUGGACUGUAUGCAAACGACGUCUCGUCUCUUCACAUCAUACACGAGGACGGAACACAGUCGGUCAUCUUUUUUUACCCACUUUUGGUGACUCGGUGACGAUGAACUGCCUCUUCAGGAGAAACGAGACAGCACACCGAAUAACUCAAGCUUCUAUUGAAGUUCUACUUUCUCUUUUAUUUUUUCCAUGGGAGCACGCAAACUUUAUCAUUAUUAUACUGACACUUAAACUAGGGUUUUACAUGUGAGCUUCUUCUGUUCUUUCCCUGAGAAAGUAGCUUUGAUUCUCUUUCCCUGAAAAAAAAUCUGUGACCUCGUCCUUUGUGGCACUUUUUUUUUUUAAACAUUCUGCUGCAAAAAUUGACAUAAAUCAAAGAAAAUUUGCUUUUUCUUUUUCUUUACACAAGUCUUCCACACUACAGUCGAGACUGAGCCUCCGUUAAUCACAUCCUGCAGAGUCACGUCCUUCUGUUUUCUCCACUAAUAGAAAAAUGUAAAUCUCCUGCUGAACUUGUCGUCACAUCGAGACAAACACUUGCCUCACAUUCCAGUGCACAAACCUCUCCUCCCGGAUAUCUGGAGAUCACAAAGUGUGAGAUUAGAAUCCACAAAGCCCUCGCCCUGAUUGAAUGUGUGUGCAGAAUACAGAACAACACAUUCUACCUGCCGCACAUACAGACAGCACGGAGACACACACAUUCACAGGAUUAGCAUUACAAAUAUGAUCCUGUUCUUUCAUUUGAAUUGGAAUUGCAGAGAUGAAUGACGAAUGAAGAGAGGUGAGCCGGUGUGUUUCUCGUAAGGAAUACCUUAAUGAUUUCUCCGUCUUGACAAAUGUAGGAUGUGAUGUGUCUCUGGAUGAAUAUGAAGGUUCGUCAAAGCCUCUUAAACCCUACUCUUUGUGUGCAAGGACUGACCUUCCAUUUACCAUUUCAGUCGAGGUGCUUCCACUGUUUGAGAGAUUUCUUUGUUCACAAAGAGUCGGUGGCUUUUGUUUAGUCCAUUUGCUGUUUUUUGUUUGAAAUUGCAAAUUUGCAUCACUUUCUAUUCCAUGUUUUUUCCCCUCAGAAACCAUCAGCCCCAACUAUCAAUAGUAAUACUGUCCUCCAAAAGGCCAUUGAUGCUUUGUUUUGGACAUGGCUCUUAUAUUAGUGUAAUUCGUAGAAGGCCAAUACCAGAUACACAAGAGACCUUGUGACUUCUUUCAUUCCUAACAUGUUUUUUUUUCUUUUUUCCACUGAGUCUCUUUUAAAAACAAGUCUUGUGUCUGAGCCCGACUGUGUUCUGGGGCUUAGAUGAAAUGUGAGACUGAUUUCGAGCUUUCAGUUUCCCCUCUUUUCUCCCAUGACCUCCCGACCUCUAGUAAAAGACUACAUGUCCAAGAAACCAUUAUGAUAAGCAUGCACUCGUACCCUCGAACCAAUGGCUUUUAUCUGGCCAUGGAACAUCAAUACCCCCUCCUCCACCACUGUGGGUCACUCACAUAUGUAACAAUAGAUAGGCCGACCUGACAGACCUUCAUAUGUGUCACCGGUUAUCUAUAAGGUCACCAUUACCAACUACAAAAGCGCUGACAUCAGCACAAAGGAAAGGAUCUAUUUAUUCAGAACCACGUUUUGCAAGAUGAGAUCCCGAUAGUAUUGUUAUUGAAUUGUUAUGUAUGGUAUGUAAACAUUUUUACGGUUUGCUGUUUGAUAAUGAUUCAGUUACAGGAUACUACGUGAUAUAUUAUGAUUUAUCUUCCUGUUUUUUAUUUGUUAAAUUGCUUUAAAAAUCAAUAUCAUGUAUCUCUUUGUAAGGAAAUAUGAAUAAUGUCUUAUGGAAAAGAAGAUUAAAGGACAUUUUUUUCAGUUUUUAUAGAAUUAUUUGUAUGUCUUUUAUUAAAUGAAUCAAUGCAGACAGAGAAAGUUUCAUGAGCAUAAACAGACAGCAGUAUCAGAUUUUAUUUAAGCCCCAUUUACUUUGCAAAGUUAUUACAGUAAUUGCAAAUAAUAAAUUGUAUAAAUUCAGUGUUUCGUUUAAACACAAAAGCAUACUUUAGACAACACCUUGACAUCAUCCUAACUACCAGCAAUGUUUUAUACUUUAUCCAUGAAGGUUUAUAUUUAGCUGUUAAAUGCAGGUGUAGUCGUUACUUUGAGUCUUAAAAGUUAAUGAAUGAAAAAAAUCCAAUUGUCAAUUUACUUUUAUGGGGUAUGAACUUGCCAUUAUUUCUCUUAGAUCUCAUCAAAUCUAAGCUAUAAACAACAGUGUUCUAUCAGUUAUGGGUUAUAAAAUUGUAUUGACUAUAGUAAUGUCUUCAUCGGCCUACAU